GAAUAUUGAAAUGUAGCCUGCUAAAAAAAAUGAAAUUGUGAGGUUUCUGGAUGGAGAAAUUUUGAGGUUUCUGGAAGGAGAAUAUUAUAUCAAUAAGGUACUCUAGUCUCAGAAAGACAAUAUUCACAUGUUUUGUCUUAUAAGGAAAUCUAAACUUUUAAUGUUUACAUCAAUGUAAAGCAGCAGUUGUGGGGGUAGGGUAAACUAUGAAACUAGACAGGAGCCCUGAGAAAGAAACAAGAAGUAACAAGAAAGCAGGAUAAAGGCAAAAGAUCACAUGUGACUUGAAAAUUGAUAGAAGGCUAUUAGGCUAGAACAAGGGAGAAUGGAGGGAUAGAGAAGAGGUCAAAAGAAAUGACAAAGGCAAAUUUUGUUUGAAAAAGGCCUAAAUAGAACCCGAUUCUUUGUAAACUACUGAAAAUUUUUAAAAAGAAAUUGCUCUGAUUUUGAAAGAUAGGGCAGAGCCUAUUGUUGGAGAUCUCAGAGCAAGCUGUUCAGACAUCUUGUGCAACAGCCUAAAUUCCACAGCAGAUGACGUCACCACAACUGUCCUAUAAAUGGAGCAAAGAUUCAGGUGCAUCUAAGCGAUUUAUCUGCACCAAUACCCAGGUCGACAGGAAUGGCUGUCUCGGUUCUUCGGCUGAUGGUUGUCCUGGGACUGUGUGCCCUAAUCCUGACAAGCCAGGCAGAUGACAACCCAAAGGAAGAUGAGACCCCAGAUGAGAAAUCAGAUAAAAAUCCAGAUGACUCCAGUAAAAAACCAGAGCCAGAGUUCCCCAAAUUCUUAAGUCUCCUGGGUUCAGAGAUCAUUGAGAAUGCAGUGGAUUUCAUCCUUCGCUCCAUGUCCAGAGGAUCAAGUUUUAUGGAACUCGAUGAGGACCUCGGACAGCCAUCUUCAAAAGUGACCUCCUAAGGACACACCCAUCUGGCAGCAGGACAAAGCAAGGACAGCCAGAUCCUGAACAUCCAGUUCUGUUUCCCAAAGUCGUCCAGAACCGAGACCUCAAGGCAGCUCCCAGCAAGUUACUGGGAACGUAUCCCCAUUUUCAGACAAAUAUAAUUCGAGCUUUUUGACCUUUCAUUCCUCUUUCCACAAAGCCAGGAAACGGCAUCCUCUUAGAGUUAUAGAAUUACAUACUUGACUUUACAGAGAUUUUAUUGUUCCUGGCAAUUUUCCCUGGCAUCUUCAAUUUUGUAAUGAAGCAAAAAAAUGAGAUUACAUAUUACAUAUACAAAUGUACAUUAGCAAAUUCAAGGCUUCUUUAUAUAUACAAUAUACAUGUAUGGGAACAUAUUCUAAAAGAUAAAGUAACACAUUUAACAUUAAAAUGCCAGUAUGUAGUAAAAAGAGGAUUUAAUUCUUGCUCCAAAAACUAAGUUCUUAAUUUCUAAACAUAUGUGAGGUUUCAGUAUUUUACACAUUUUUUUUUAAGUUUUCCAUUCAAAAUAUCUGAGCCUCAUGUCCUGUGUUCGUGAACUCAAAACUGAUCUACUGGUCUCCCUCUUUUCAUUCAAAUGUCUGUUUCUCAUCCGUGGUCAUUGUUCUGCUAGAACAACAGAGUAUUGAGAAGGGAAGAGUGCCAAGACUGAUGAGUGCAGCCCCUUCCCACUACCACCUCAGUGCACAGGGCUGUCCUCAGCAGCCAUCGCAGCCCACUUGACAGACACAAUCUCCCAAAACUACCUAAUACGUUCAGGAGGACAAGAGUGAAGUCAUGGAGCAAGGCGACCAGGACAGGUCUAGCAUACAAAGCCACUCUGUUUCCACUGUUCAGUCCACCAGAUUUGCCCCUGAGUCCUGUCUUUCUCCAGCAUUGCUGCUAAUCCAGUCCCACCCUGAACGCAGCCAUUGUAUUUUCAAUUACCAGUACUUGUCUGUCUUGCUGGUUUUGUUUAUCAGUGGAAAAUGAAAAUCAAUGUUGCAUUUUACAGUGAAUUGGGAUAGCCCACUCUUUGCACAUUUUGGAGAAAGAUGUCAUUUUUCAAAUACCACACCCUUCCUAACCAAGUUACCUAAGAUAUCUAUUAAACUCAGCAUCUGACAGUUAGAAUGGUUUCUAUACCAAUUGUGCUCUUAAAAUCUCUUUCAGGGUUUUUUUUUUUGGGGGCGGGGGCAGGUGUUGUUUGUAGUACUGUGAAUUAAACACAGUCUUUCACACUCUA